AAUCAACGAUUAAAUAUACAAGCACGCGUGGCUGCAUCGAAGGUCGAAGGUAGUAAAAGCAUAAGAUAUUCGACCCAGUGGAUCUAUGAGUGUUUAAUGCUUCGAAUAAAAAGCAAGAAAACUUUUCAUCACUUGCGAUCUCGUCAGAUAUUUGCCCUACCAUCAUUAACAACACUUAGUGUUACAUGAAGCGAAUGAAAGGAGCAUACGGUUUGGACCAAAGCACUUUCGACAUUUUAAAAACGAAAACUGAAAGCAUAAAUUCUAAUGAUGUCCGAGGAAUUAUUCUUGUAGAUGAAAUGAAGCUUGCAAAAUCACUAUCGUUUAAUAGGCAAAAUUUACAAUUCGAAGGCUUCACUAAUCUUGGCAAGUAUACUCCCAAACACCAACAAGGAGUUAAAGGUGAUCACGCGUUGGUGAUUAUGUUUCAACCUUUCAAAGGGAAAUGGGUACAAGCAUUAGAAUGCUUCUUAAGCAAAGGUAGCGCAACUGGAACAGUUUUGCAUCACAUAUUGCUGGAAUAUAUAAUAUUGGCUAAAAAAGCUGGACUAAAAGUUGAUGCGGUCACGAGCGAUGGUGCAUCGUGGAAUCGAAAUAUGUGGGAACAGUUUGGUGUAAAUGAGGAGAAUAUAAGUACUCCUCACGUAGCUGAGACUGAUCCUAAUUCCAUGCGGCGAUUAUGGUUUUUAUCGGAUUUUCCACAUUUGAUAAAUUGUUUGCGCAACUUUUUUUUAAAGCAGGGACGCUACGAUAACAUUUGGACACCUGAUGGGCUAGUAACCUUAAAUCAUUGGUAUUCGUUGCUUGAAGUGGAAAAUCCGAAAAGUUACAAUAUGAAAGUUAAUUACAAAAUCAGAGAAGAGCAUAUCAGACCACAGUACUAUCAAAAAAUGAACGUGGCGAUGGUAUUUCAAGUAACGUAUAACUUCAGUGAAUAUUUAAUAAAAGCUAUGAAUUGCCGAACUCCAAUUGAUAAUAUGAAGAUAGGGAAUGCUUUGUAUAAGAUUGUCGAAGAUUUCAUUGUUUAUCUUGAAAAGUGGGAACAAAAAGCUAAAGAUGAGAAUAUGGAGUUCAUACCUCCAAGUACAUACUAUGUUUUGAAGAUAUCUUUGAAAGCAACUUUAAAAAUAUGUGAUUUCCUUGUCAACACCUGUGGUUUCAAAUACUUGAUGACAGCUCGUUUAAAUCAAGACAGUUUGGAACGAUUUUUCGGUAUGAUGCGUAAUUAUUGCGGUUCAAAUGAUCAUCCCGAUUCGGCGGUGUUUAUACAAACUUACAGGCUUGUUUCAAUUUACUCAUUAGUCAAACCACCGAAAGAAUCAAACGUUACGGGCAGUGAUCUUAUGAAAAGCUUAACUUCAAUAACAGAUGCUGCAGAUAUUAAUGACGUAGAAAAAAAACAACAAUGGGAUGCACUAAUUGACACAUUACUGGACAGAGGAGUGGGUAUGGAUCAACUUGAGAAGGUUGCUGUCAAGUUCGAAGAGUAUGAUUAUAUGAAAUGUACUACCUCUCAAUACGUAAUUGCAUACGUAGCUGGAUAUGUGGCAAGAAAAUCAGCUCGAUUUGCCACUGUAAUGGAAGUAGACACUAACGGUAAAAAGCGUCGUCUAGUUUGUUCAGUUUAUACCACAACACUAUAUCUCGACAACAAAGAGCUCGUCCCAAAUUCUUACAAGCUCAUACAAAUCAGAAAUAGAAGUGCUUUAAUACAGCCUUCUAUACAGCUUUUUAAUUUAAUUAAUAUUUUAGAAAGAGCUAUUUCGACAGUUAUCAAUGAUCAGCAGAUCAUUUAUGCGGAAUUAUUAUACGACGUUACCACAAAAUUGGCAGAAUUACCACCACUUCCAUUACUUGGCUGUAAAGAGCACAAUACUGCAUUCACUUAUAAAAUUGUUGCUUUCUUCUUGACGACACGAAUGUUUUUUGUCACGAAGCAAUCUAACAAGAAUGACAAUAUUGAGAAAGAAGUGACAAGAGAAAGAAGAAAGCUUUCAAAGCUCUCGAAUGUUCCUGCGACAGAAACGAAUGGUGUUGGCAUCGUAAAACAACCUGAUAAAAUUAAAACCAAGAACGCUACGAAAAACACAAGAAAAAGAAAAUACAACUGUUCCAGUAUCGAAGUUGAAGUAAAACCUGCCGCGAAAAAACAACGUAUGGGAAAAGAAAACAAAUUUGCGAAUAAAUUAAUAGUGAAUCGCCGAUAA